GUUGGUGGUGAUUUAUUUAAAAAUUUCGCAAAUAUAAAUAUAUUUGAAAAGUAUUACAAUAUAGAAUUGCACAAUGGUUUGAAUAAAGUAACUCCAGAGGCAACAUCGUUCUCCCCCGCUAAAUGGUUCACAUGCAGUGAUGAAAAUACGCAUCUAUCCUGCUCUAGCCUACAGUUAUUCGUAUUUAUAUUUCGGUUGCACACUUGCAGUUUCGACAUCGUCGACCGGCGUAAAAUUCGCUUUACCGCAAUCGGUUUCAGUUUUGGGCAAUCAAUUAAGCUGAGUUUUAGUGAUCGAAAAACAGACGAGCGGUUUUUAAGCACUCAAGGGAUCCUCAUAAUUAACCUGAAUACCUAUAGGCAUAGCAAUUAGAUAAACCCAAACCAGAACCUAUCAAAAGAAAGCAAAGCAAACAAUGCAUUAAUUUGGUUUAGCUGUAACCAUUUCUCGUUGUGAUAGAAACCAGGAUAUUUGGCCUGCGUAACCACAGGAGCCAAAGAGGCAGCAUCACAAGCGGGGCGGCUUACCAGAGGAGUAUCAACAAUAGUAACAUUCCAUAGAGGCAAAGUGUAUCAAUUAUAAUACGGGUGCAAGGCGAAAACCCCAAAACGGCCAGCUUACCAAACGGGCAGUCAUGUUGGCGACAACAACAGCAACACAGAGAACAUCUACAACCACAAUUACCUCAGAUCCGGGCAUUCUGUGCUUUCAUCACUGCAACGUGAAAGUUUUCUGUUUCGCCUUGCCCCACACUUGCCCCCAUUGCAAUGCGCAACUGGAUGCGGAUGCGAAUGUGGAUCCCAAUGCUGCUCCAGACACAUUGGGAAAUGCGAGUAGCAGCAGCAGCAGCACCAUCACCACCACCACAAUAACAAUUUCCAGGCUGCUCCCUUUUCGGUUGCCCUAUCCCUUUGUGCGUGCCACGCAGCAUCCAUGUGCGAUUGUCCUGCGGCCCUCCACAGGCGACUUCCUCAACGAUUACAGCAACGCCACAGAUUUGCAUAUAGCGGUGACCACAUCCGCCGGCGACAUUGUCGAAUUCGAUAGGGAUGGACUGCAGCGCCAUCGGCGCGAUGAUAAUCCGCGCGACUGGUGGCAAUCUCUGCUAGUGGGCGAUGUGCCUGAGCCCUGGCACGACUACUGGGACGAGGUUCUCCAGCAGAUUUGUGCACAGUCAACCCGCUGGUCUAUCGCCUGCUAUGAGGAGACCAGCCAUAAUUGCUAUACCUUCGUCCUGGCCUUCCUGCAGGCCCUGGGCUAUGCCCAGCUCAGCGAGGCGGCCCGCACCAAGACCAGUUUCUGUGAGAAGUACAUAGUGCCCAGGACAACGACCGCCGGAAAAUACAUCUCUCUUUAUCGCCGCCUGCGUCUGGCUGGCAUCCAUGUGCAUCGUCAGCAGUCCAAGCAGCGGCCUCUCAAAGUGGAUGCCUGUGAUGGCCCAGAUGCUAGACUGACCAAUACAAAGGCGCACACCAAUGGCAUUGGGAGUGGCGGUUUAGGAGCACGCCUUCAUGCACGUCAAACGCUUUGCACCAUCGAGGAGUGAUCGAGAGUUCUACAGUUAAUAAAAAAUGUUGAUAUCGGGUAUCGCUAGAGCUAUAAUCUAUCUAAAACUCCGCGUACUAAAAGUGCUGCAGAAAAGUUAAAUCAAUACGAUUAAACGAUGAUUUGAUACCAUCGAACUGCAAUUGAAAAAUCCAUUUAUAUUUUUGCAGCAGUAUCACAUAUAUAUGUAUGUUCAGUUAACAUAUUUAAUUACUUAUAUGUUCCUUCAGUUAAGUAUUGUGUUACACCAGAUGUUUUGGUAUAUAUGUACAUUAAAGUUCUUGUUAGUGUAUAAUUGAAACGUAUUUAUUUUUAACUUGGCGUAACUUUGUAAUUAGUUUUACUUUACUUAUUUUUAUAAGUUUGGUCUUCUAAUGGGCAAAAUAGUGAUUGUUUAAAUAAUUAAGUAUUUUAUGUGAUUUUGAAAAGUGAUUUAAUAAAUACUGUCAAGAAUAUGUAUGUUCAUGAACAUUUUUGAUCGCUAA